CAUCAAUUGCUGCCAUAGCCCUCAUUAUGGCUUCCUUGGGGAGCUCCGUGUCCCUCAUGCGGAGUUUUACUCCCCGGCUGUCCAAGGAAAUCUUCACCUGCCGUCAAUGUCUAGGGCGAAGCCAGAAUUAUGCGACGAGAUCCGCUUUCCGUAAGAAUCUCGCUGUCUCGCCCUUUACUCAGAAUACCAGCAAGCUCAAUUUGCCUGCUUCAUUCUCGAGAACGAAAACCGCAAUUCCCAACAUCUUCAAAAGAUCGGCCUCAGAUUCCGCAGUAGCAAGUGCUGUAGAGGAAGGGGCAUCCAAUGCGAAAUCCAGCUUUCCUAAAGUCAGCGACAAGACGGUGGCAUACUGGCUGCUAGGCAGUGCGGCUAGCGUCUUUGGUAUUGUGGUUUUUGGUGGUCUCACCAGAUUGACAGAAUCUGGCCUGAGUAUCACAGAAUGGCGUCCCGUUACCGGAUCUCUUCCCCCUAUGAACGCAGAAGACUGGGAGUCUGAGUUCGCAAAGUAUCGCGCAUCUCCUGAAUUUCAAUUGUUGAACCCGCACAUGACCCUCUCUGAGUUUAAGUCGAUCUACUACAUGGAAUGGAUUCACCGUCUUUGGGGUCGAUUUGUUGGGCUGUCGUUCGUGCUUCCGGCUCUCUAUUUCGUAGCUCGCAAGAAGGUUAGCAAGCCAAUGGCAUUGCGGCUUGGUGGUAUUGCUGGCUUGAUCGGUUUCCAAGGUUUUAUCGGUUGGUGGAUGGUCAAGUCCGGUCUCAAGGAUGAUCUCUUUGCACCAGGCAGCCACCCCCGGGUGAGCCAGUACCGUUUGACGGCGCACCUUGGAGCUGCAUUCCUCUGCUAUGUUGCGAUGCUUUGGAACGGUCUUGCUAUACUCCGUUCACGCCGCCUGUUGGCCGAUCCUGAGGCUGGCAUCAAGUUGCUGGACUCGCUCCGUGACCCCAAACUCAAGAUCUUUCGUCGCUCGGUUGCCGGUUUGGCAGCUCUUGUUUUCGUGACGGCCAUGUCUGGUGCUCUGGUUGCUGGUCUGGAUGCAGGUCUCAUCUACAACGAGUUUCCCACUAUGGGCACAGGACUGGCUCCGCCCAAGUCGGAGCUCUUCGACGAAAGGUAUUCACGUCAUGAGGACAGAUCUGAUCUGUGGUGGAGGAAUAUGCUUGAAAACCCGUCCCUUGUUCAACUGGACCAUCGUAUCUUGGCUAUGACCACCUUCACUACCAUUAUGGCUUUGUGGGCAUACACUCGUCGGUCCCCUACCAUGAAGCGACUUCUCCCACCUGCUGCUAAGAAGGGUGUGCACGGGGUUGUUGCCUUUGCAUUCUGCCAGGUCGGCCUGGGUAUCUCCACACUGCUCUAUCUUGUUCCCACCCCUCUUGCCUCUGCCCAUCAGGCUGGAAGCUUGUUCCUUCUGACCUGGGUUCUGGUUCUCGGAAGCCGGGUCUGGCACCCGUCGAGGACUGCCAAGCUUCUGCAGAUGGCAGUCAAGGCCCGUGGCCAAGCAAUGUCCGGUGCGGCUGCUCAUGGUCCUCGUAAGCUUUGAGUGGGUUUUCGCACCGCUGAAAAUGGGACAGGUCGUUACUGGCCUAGCCAGCCUCUUUAAAAUACCAUGCUAUACUAACGAAUGUUUAGAUCAUUCUUGAAUGUGUUAUAAUCUCUACUUUUAUAUUGUACAAUAGGAAAACAUGCAUUGUAUUUUGAAAGAGA